UAGACCAGGUUGCUCCAAGCCCCAUCCAACCUGGCCUUGAACACUGCCAGGGAUGAGGCAGCCACAGCUUCUCUGGACAGCCUGUGCCAGGGCCUCACCACCCUCACAGGAAAUAAUUUCUUCCUUAUAUCUAAUCUAAAUCUUCCCUAAUGAACAUUCAUAAUGUAUCCUAACAAACAGCUCCCAAGGUGGUAACAGAAGGGUUAGGGCACCCAAGGUGGCACAGAAGUGUUUGUGUUUCCUCACCAAAGUGGAUAGAUUCUCCGUGUUGUCUUGGACUUUCACCCUUUUAUCUGCUUCAUUGCAGGCGCUGGUGACUGGAAUCCUCUGGGUCUUUGAUGCACUAACACACCACCAACGGGAGGCCCCUCUGCUUGACAGGCAGAUUUUGUUCAUACCUAAAGAUUUUAGUAGGUAGUGAUCAGUACUUUAUAGCCUGUUCUUCCAUGAUGAAGGCCUUGGAGGAUCAAGUAGUCCAAGAAGAACCAGGAUACCAGGAUGAUGAGGAAUCCUUUUUCCAGGAUAUUGACCUGCUACAGAAGCAUGGAAUUAACGUAGCAGAUAUUAAGAAACUGAAGUCAGUUGGGAUCUGCACGAUCAAAGGAAUCCAGAUGACCACAAGACGGGCACUAUGCAAUGUAAAAGGGCUUUCGGAGGCCAAAGUGGACAAGAUUAAAGAAGCCGCAAACAAGCUUAUUGAACCAGGCUUCCUGACUGCCUCUGAGUACAGUGAAAAACGGAAGAUGGUAUUUCAUAUUACUACUGGCAGCCAGGAAUUUGAUAAACUCCUGGGUGGUGGGAUUGAAAGUAUGGCAAUCACCGAAGCCUUUGGAGAGUUCCGGACAGGCAAAACCCAACUAGCUCACACCCUUUGUGUUCUAUUUUGGAAUGGAGUUUUAUUAUUUUCAGAACAUGGUUUGUAUAAAAAGAAAUCCUUAACUUUGACUAACACCAGCAGACCAGACCGUCUCCGUGACAUUGCUGAUCGCUUCAGUCUUGACCAUGAUGCAGUACUGGACAAUGUGUUGUAUGCACGUGCAUACACUAGUGAACAUCAGAUGGAACUGCUUGACUAUGUAGCAGCCAAGUUCCAUGAGGAAGCUGAUAUUUUCAAGCUACUGAUCAUUGACUCCAUAAUGGCACUUUUCCGUGUGGAUUUCAGUGGUCGUGGGGAGUUGGCUGAACGACAACAGAAACUCGCUCAGAUGCUGUCAAGGCUCCAAAAAAUAUCAGAAGAAUAUAACGUGGCCGUGUUUGUGACCAACCAGAUGACUGCUGAUCCAGGAGCAACGAUGACCUUUCAGGCAGACCCAAAAAAGCCCAUUGGGGGCCAUAUCCUUGCUCAUGCUUCGACCACCAGGAUUAGCUUGAGAAAAGGGAGAGGGGAGCUGCGUAUUGCAAAGAUAUACGACAGCCCUGAGAUGCCUGAAAACGAAGCCACGUUUGCAAUAACUGCUGGAGGGGUUGGGGAUGCCAAAGAAUAGGCAGAAAAAAUGAUGUAAAUGUACAGCUGAAAACAACAUGGGUAACUGUGAUGAAGAUCUGUGUGAGGUCACCAACUGCCUGGCUGCAUUUUGAGAACCAACUGGGAUGAAUUUUGUACAGUUCAGUUUUAUUGAUCCUAAUAAGAUUUGGUUCAGUUUGGGUCUUUGUUUUACAACUGAACUCAGCAAACAAAGCUUUUAAGAAAUAAGCUUGUGAAUUGUUCAAAGAAGCCUUUUCUUACAUUUUGUGAAAAUCAAAGCUGUCCUUUCAUAUAAAAUUAAAAUACACUUUUUUAGUUUCUUUCAAAGAAAGUGGUUAUGUGGUAAAAUUUAAUAGUGUGAAAUGGAACAGAAUUGGAAUAAACUCAGUUAUAAAACUGAUAUAAAUAGAUGAAAAAAGCAGUGGCAGGAGCAACAGCCCAAGAACUUGGUGGACCCUCACAUACCAUACACGAACAUGUUGCUUCAAAAAUAUGUUUUCAAGCAUUUUUAUCUUGACUAGAUAAGUUUGUAUUUUUAUUUAGCAUUCUCUACUUUUCGGAAAGAAUGUUUUCAAACUGUUCAUCUUAAAGUUAAAAAUAAAGAUUACGAACCACA